AUGUGGAACCGGGGAAACGAAAUUGAACGCGCUACCGAAGGGACAUGCGAGUGGCUGCUCAAGCAUGAGUCGUAUAUUAACUGGGCCGCAGUUACCAAAGGCCUGCUCUGGAUCAAGGGGAAACCAGGCGCCGGGAAAUCUACGCUUCUCAAAUAUGCCCUGAGUAAACGGCGAGAUAUACCCAGUGCAAGAGACGACGAUGUUGUCCUGUCUUUCUUCUUCCAUGGCCGUGGUGACACUCUUCAAAAGACUCCAUUUGGCUUUUUGCGAUCUAUCCUUCAUCAGGCCCUCGAGAAAGCCCCUGAAGCAUUGUCAGAACUUGUCAAUGCCUAUGAACAGAAAUGCAAGAUAAUGGGUAAUUAUCCUGAAAAGUGGCAGUGGCAUCUGGAAGAACUGUGGAGUUUAUUUGAAUCGUCUCUUCCAAAGAUCUUGGAAGAUCGCUCACUUUGGUUGUUUGUCGACGCGCUAGACGAAUGUGGCGAAGCUCACGCAAAAUAUCUUGUCCAGAAAUUCAAGUCUUUGCUCGAGAGAUUAGCGCCGCUCCCCAUUUGGGUUCAUUUCCACAUUUGCUUUAGCUGUCGUCAUUAUCCAAUUCUAAGUUCUCCGGGUCUGUUUGAGGUAUGCCUUGAAAUGGAGAACAAAACUGACAUUUCGACCUACGUGCAAUCUGAGCUCGAUCUAUCUUCUUUUGAGGAGCCGACACCAUCCGUGAUUCAGAAUCUGAUAAUUUCUCGUGCUUCCGGUGUCUUCUUGUGGGCACAAUUAGUCGUGAAUCAAGUUCGGAGUCUUGACCAGGAUGGUGCUGGGCCAAACAAGAUCGAGGCGACUAUUCGUUCUAUUCCUGAAAGUCUUCAUGACCUAUACAAAAACCUUAUACUGGGCAUGGAGUCAUCCUCUUUAAAACUAAUUCAAUGGGUCUGCUUUGCAAUGCGGCCUUUGUCAACAAAAGAGCUACGAUGGGCAAUGGUCAUCGACGCCAGAUAUCCGUCAUUGCAGGAGUGUCAAAAGGCGGAGGAUUAUAUACCUGAUAGCAGACGAAUGGGUCAACAAGUAAUAAAGCUUAGUCGGGGACUUGCUGAAGUUACUCCGGGACCAGAUGAGCACGUCGUCCAGUUUAUUCAUCAGUCUGUCAAAGACUUCUUCACGGAUGAGGGCCUAAAAGCCCUGGAUGACAGAUCAACAUCGAACGAGAUGGCCAUUGGAAUGGCACAUUUUCAACUGUCUAGAACCUGCAUACGCUACCUCAAGAUGGAGGAAAUUAGCCAAUCAGCAAGCUAUGAGGGUCGCGAAUUAGAAGCUGAUUUUUCGUUUUUGCACUAUGCCACGACUUCAUGGGUGUCACACUUACAACAAAGUGAUGCUAUGGAUGUUCCUCAGGCAAAUAUUCUAGAGCUAUUUAAAUGGCCAUCAAACGAGAUCGUCGAACUGUGGACGCGCGUUUUCAUUAAUAUCGAGGAAUAUUCUGAACAUUGUCCACCAACAGAGACUACUCUUGCACAUAUUGCGGCGAGGUAUCGCAUUGUGGGAGUAUUGACAGCCAUUCUAGCAAGCGAUAGUCAAGUUACUAUCAAUUUCGACUCAAAAGAUGGAUAUGUCCGGACGCCGCUGUCGUGGGCUACAGAGAACGGGCACGAGCCUGUGGUUAAGCUGUUGCUUGAUGCAGGGGCUGAGGUUGAUUCAAAAGAUGACAACGACCGGACGCCGCUGUCGUGGGCUACAGAGAACGGGCACGAGCCUGUGGUUAAGCUGUUGCUUGAUGCAGGGGCUGAGGUUGAUUCAAAAGAUGACAACGGCCAGACACCGCUGUCGUGGGCUGCGGAGAACGGGCACGAGGCUGUGGUCAGGUUACUUGAGUCGUUUAUCUUAUCUUAG